AUGAACAGCAAAAUAAUCUGUGCUCUUCUAUAUUGUUUUGUGUCAUUUUCACAGCAAGUUCACCCUUAUCCUAAUUCAACAGACCCUAAUACUGGGCCCAGUUAUGCCGCAACAAAAAAUGAAAAUAAACCUCUGAUAGAGCCCAUGUCAUUCCCAAUGGAACAGUCAUCGUCAGGAGGAGCAGGAAUUGUUCAUCCAUUAGACAAUCAAGGUUCACCAGUUGCACAGCUGUCCACGAACCAAGAAACGGGAUCAAAUGGUCCACGACGAUAUUUCAUCGAAAGACCCGUCGCUUUACAAUUAGAACAGAAUCAGCGACCGGAUCAAAUAACCAGACUACUUUCUGGCAGAAAUCGGAUGCCCACAAGAUUUAGGGCCAAUUCUCGUGGAAAUCAACAAAUGAGACAAAAUGUACAAUAUCAAACAGUUGAACCCAACCCACGCCGUAUUAGACAACGUAAUGGUGGAAGACCAUUAGAAAAUCGGCAAUUUCAAGACAUAAGGCUGAGACAGCAACGACCGGCUGGUAAUCAAAUCAGAGGACAAAGAAACCCUGGACAGUCAUCUUUUCCUUUGCCAGCUGACCAAAUUGAUCCCAAACCCACACGAUUUGCGUCAUCACCAACGGAACUCAACCAUCCGGAAUACGAUACCAAAUACUAUUUGAUUGAGAUCCUUAUGGACAGACCAUCUUCAGCUGCGGAUCACACCGUGGAAACUUUACAAUCCAUAUUUACUAUAUUCCGUAGCAUGUCCAUCAAUGAUUUAGUCGCUGAGAAUGCUUAUAAGAUUGUUGGUAGACCGUGUGUCAUAUUCAUCGUGAAGGGAAAGAAAGGGUCACAAGAUAUUGCUUCAUCAAUAGAAAGAGUAACAAGAUCCUUGGAAAGAUUAGGCACAAAGGUUGAAACCAAGCUGUUGUACUCUCUGGAGGCAUUCGUAGAGUCAACAGCAACAAGGUUUAUGCCUCUGUCAAAUCUCGUACGAUCCACUCGAGCACCAGUACCUCAACUUAGCACCAACAACUUGUAUCUGUGUCGUAUGACUUUUGAUGGAACGGGCAUGGAUAAGAUAGAAUAUUUAAGUCAAACGCUUAACAGUACAUUAGAAAUGUUAGAAAGACGUGCAGAAGGCCAGGUUCGAUUUAAAGGUCACAAAAUCGCUGGAGGAUUACCAUUUGAGUUUCAGUAUAUUGGUAAUUUUAGUCCUGAUGGAAAUGAAAUGGCGGUGAUUGAUGCUAUACCUAUAUUACAUGCUGGAAACGCCAAGGUGAUUACGGAAGAAGUUCAAACUUUAGAUGAGUUGAUACAAAUAAUGAAGAACACACAGGCGGUGAACAUAGCUCGUGUAUAA